AUGUUAGACAUAAAAGCAAUUAAAAUAUUUCUUUUCAUCGAAAACAUUUUGUGCAUUUAUCGUAAUUAUACGUUUUAUAAGAAAAAAACACAAAAAAUCGUGCUGUUCCAUGUCAUUAUUACAUUAUCUUUUUGUGUCGCGGUUGUUGCUAAUGAUAUUUAUGUUACAUACGAAUACUUCCGAGGCAACUUGAGCACGCUUUUCUUAAUUUUGAUAUACCAUUUUCAGUUUACUGUUUAUACUAUGCUGAGUAUUGUAUGCGGCAUUAGCCAAUCUGGUUCAUUCGAAGAACUAAUCAAUACUUUAGAAAAGAUGCACAACAAGUUCAAAGAUGACGUAUAUCACGCUAAUUCUUUAAAGAAAAUGAAUACUCAUUGCAUAUUACCCGUCGUGUAUUUUAUAGUGCUGACAUUAAGUGUUUUGUACGAAAGAAUGAACUAUGUAUUCCUUGAUCAUUUAAUUGUCUUUGAUGUUCUGCAGUAUAUUAGUGAGAUUGCCAUGAGUUAUUGUUACCUUACUCAAUACUUUGUAUAUUCAUUAUAUUUGACAAUUAUUUAUGAGUUAUUUAAGCGGUUUUAUAUAUUGUUGAAUGAAGUGAAGACAAAACUAGAUGAGAAAAUUGUGGCUGGUGAAAAAAUUACUGAUAAUAUUAAUUUGAAAAUAAUAGAAGAAUGGGCCGAAAUGUACGGAGACCUCGUGAAGAUCAGUAAAGCGUUUAGAAAGUGUUUCUCUGGUCAGAAUUUCAAGGGAAAAGGAGGCGGUGUUACAAUGAUGAUGACCAUGUUCUUUGAUAUCACAUAUCAUUUGACUGCCGUGACAACAGCAAUGCUUGCAGCGCAAAGAGUCCAAAAUGGAGUUCCUGUACUUAAAAGAAUUUUAGCUAGCUUUUACAACAUUUUGACAGCGUAUCCAAAUCGGCCAGAAUUGGGAAGAAUCAAGAACUUCUCUCGGAUGGUGGCCCAGAACCCGCUGUCCACUGCUGAACAUAGGCCUCCUCUAAAGCGCGCCACGCUGCUCGGUCCUCCGUUCUCCUUAUCCAGAGUCCACCGGCAAUCCUACGAAUAUCGUCGGACCAGCGGGACGGAGGUCGUCCUACGCAACGAACUUUAUCAUGACCCG